AAAACUGUGUUGUGGCUUCUCUUUCUCCGCCAUACCCACACACCAGAGAAAUAAUAUGAGCAAUUAUCAAACUCAGGUGUUGAAGCAAAUAGAGCCAUGGUGUGAGCUUAAAGACAAAGUGGUUCUUGUAACCGGAGCUUCUUCUGGUAUAGGAAGAGAGAUCUGUCUUGAUUUAGGCAAAGCUGGCUGUAAAAUCAUCGCAGCAGCUCGUCGUAUAGAUCGUCUCAAAUCUCUCUGCUCUGAAAUCAACAGUUUCAACUCAACCGGAACCAACCAAUUAGCCGCACCUCUCGAGCUAGACGUUUCAUCAGACGCAGCCACCAUUCAAAAAGCGGUCAAGAAAGCUUGGCAAGUCUUUGGAAAGAUCGAUGCAUUGAUCAACAAUGCUGGAAUCAGAGGAAACGUCAAGACGAGUUUGGAAUUGUCAGAACAAGAAUGGGACAAAGUCUUGAGAACCAACUUAACCGGACCUUGGUUAGUCUCCAAAUACGUUUGCAUUCUAAUGAGAGACGCUAAUAACCACGGUGGUGGCUCGGUGAUAAACAUCUCAUCGAUCUCUGGACUCCACCGUGGUAUGUUGCCAGGUGGAGUCGCUUAUGCUUGUUCCAAAGGUGGUGUGGACACCAUGACGAGGAUGAUGGCUAUUGAGUUAGGUGUUUACAAGAUCAGAGUUAACUCGAUCGCACCAGGGCUUUUGAAGUCUGAGAUCACGCAAGGUCUUAUGGAGAAAGAGUGGCUCAAGAACGUUACGGAACGGACUAUACCGUUAAAGGUGCAACAGACUGUGGAUCCGGGACUUACCUCUCUGGUUCGCUAUCUGAUUCAUGACUCUUCUCAAUACGUCUCUGGGAAUACAUACAUUGUUGAUUCCGGAGCUACGUUGCCUGGUCUGCCCAUUUUUUCUUCGCUUUGAAGCACAAAAAAGCUUGUGUGUGUUGUGCAAUAAUAUAAGUGAAUGCAUUUAUAAACAUUUUCUUUAUAUACAUUAUUCAUGUCUUUGGUGAAA